AGUAAAGAUCAUAUUCACCUCACAUUUGCAACUUGUAUCUCCCUCAUUGAACGUACGUGUUACAAGCAUUUGCAAAGUUUCUGUUAUUUUACAUGUUACAGAAUUUAUAACUUCAAUAAAUAUGCGAACUUUUGCCUUCGCGUACAUUUUUGUUGCAACGAUAUGGAUUUCGGCAGCGUUGAAGGUUAAGGUUGAGGACAAAAGUCUGUUCCGUGUCGUUCCACGAGAUGAAGACGAGUUGUGGUUGUUAAAGCAAUUUACAAAAUCUAAUUAUGAGGUAAUUUUGUGGAGUGGAAUUGAUCAAAUUGGAGAGCCGGUAGAAUUUCUAGCAGUUCCGACAGCGAUGGAUAAGUUUAUACAGGAUUUGAAUUCUAAGGCUAAACUUAAUAUCGGUGUGGAAUUAGUCUUCCCAUACGUGAAAAUUGAAAUGGGAACCGAACCGAUCACCAGGGAACCAGAUGCCAAUAAUUGCACCAAACUGGCCCCUAAAAAUAAUCCUGUUCCAGUUCGAAAAAUUCCUGGAACUGACUUAUUCACCGGAAUUUACUACACGGUGAAAAUGCCCCGCUUUCCAGAAGGAUUCGUUACCUGGACCGAAGCAACGAAUGACCAUGAUGCAAACUUUAUCCAAAUUGAUCUCAACCUGGGUAAUUUACGUCAUUAUCGCCCAGGGGAAAAGUGGGAUAAAGACGCCCAAUGGAUGUUCAGGCCAACCGAGGACCCCGAUUGGUUUCAGUGGGACAAUCGGGUUCUAUCCUCUCAACGGAACGCCAUCACAACCUGGAGUUAUAAGGAGGUUGGAAGCGGAAAUCACAUAAUCGCGUCCAAGAAACCGGAAGAUAUCGACAAAUUAAGUGCUGGUGGGGAGUGGAGGGUGCACGCUUUGUGGAAACCGGUCCCAGUUCCUGACAGUAAUCGAUACAGGUUAAUCAACAAAAACUUCCCCAUGGGAACGAUUACCUGGACGGAAAAGAAGUAUGGAAAUUACUCCCAUUACAUCCAAGUCGACACAAAUAUCGAGCACUGGGAACAUUACAGGACCGGAGAGAAAUGGGAUUCGGACUCUCAAUUCGAAUUUAUCCAAGCAGAAGAGAUUGUUCUAUCGGCAGCAAUUUCUAAUUUUUCAUUCUCCCCGAGUUACGUGGAUUAUAUAAGAGACGAGUAUGCCGUGAUGGUCAAUUACACGUUGAACAAUCCCUCCUCUGUAGAAUACAGUCAUACCGUCGAGCAAAAUUUCGAACGGCUGGUCAACGUUUCGUACAAAUUUGAAAUAGAUUCAGAUUUUAAAGUUCGCCUGGAAAACGUUACUAUUGAUAACGGUCUCCCGUCAUUAUUUGGGGAAGGAAAUGUCUCGGAAACAUUUAAGUUGGACGAACAACCAGUCGACCAUAUGAAUGUGGAUAUCGUUUCGUUCGUCGUACUAAAGGCAUCAAAACCUAUUACAAUUCCGAAACACUCAUCCAUUCGCGUUUCUUCAUAUCCUGAGUGGCUCAGCCAACUCGAAACUUCCUUCAACUCGACAAUGCAAAUUAUUGGCAAGUCGACUACUGGGGCGGCGCUAAGUGGGCUAUUUAUCAGGGAUCAUUUAAUAAAAUUAGAACAGUGGUCAGAGUCCUGGGGGGUGGAAGAGUAUGGCGUGUCGAUUCGAAUGGAAGGCGUGUUUAAAGGGAAUUUCACGGUAAAGGGAGCGAUUUCAGUGGGGCAGGCAAAACCGAGAUGGAAUAAUCUAGUAAAGGUGGACACUUGUUUAGAGAAUAAUUUUGAAGAAAACACAAAUUCUCCCGAAAUGGCAUAAUAAUAAACAUAUCUACAUAUAUCAUGUAUGUAUGUAGUGAUGCAAAUAAACAAUGGUUCAAUUUUCGGUAAUUUUAAUUGUUUAAAUGAUUAAACAUUAAACAUACCAACUUUACCUACCUAAACAAACAAUGAGAACUUUUAUACAUGUAGUAAAUAUAUACAUAUAUUUUACAAUGUACAGAAUAAAAUAGAGAAAUGUGUACAUAAAUCUUAUGAUUACGUGAUCCAAAGAGGUCUUGUUAGAAUGUUAGCAGUACCAUAAUUUUGUUAAAAUCUUGCAUUAAAAACUCCUCAAGACUCUGUGUCUAAGAAAAUGA